UGAAGCGGCCAGUGUCGGGGCGGCCCUAGUGCGUGUCACACGCGUGUCAAGUGUCGUGUCAGGCGUGCGUGUUGCGUGCCGUGUCGAGCGUAGCGAACGGGUGCCGUCUUCCCAAUAUUUCUGGUUGUAAACCCACUAGAGUGCACAGGUUUUUAAACAUGCUAAAAAUAUUUAUUCCUGCAGAGUUCUAGGACUUGAUUGUUCCGGGUGGUAAACAUCAGUGAGGAUGCUUCAGAAUAAGUUCUCUAAGGCGGGACUGACUCCAGAGGCGGUCUGUGGGUACAGAGAGGCCGGUAGAUUCUGCAGAGAGCCGGCCGCUACUUAUACACCCAGGGAUGCGUAUAGUCAGUACGUCCCCAAACAUGCCCUGAGACAGUGCAGCGUGAGUCCCACCGGAGAAGCGGGAGGGAGCGGCGAGUCUAGCAGCAGCGAGUACAGUCCGCUACCCCCGUCCUGGGCUGAUUCCAGAGUUACAGCGUCCAGGGGAGGCGGUGGCAGUGUGGAAGACGAUGAGGAUGACGCGUCCAGUGCCACGUCCGAGGAGCAGCACGUCCCUCACGUCCUGGUGCCCGACUCAUCUCUCCAUCACCAGGUAGGACACGGACCGGGGCAGAGGCGGUGUCUGCUGUGGGCCUGCAAGGCGUGCAAAAGGAAGACAGUCACGGUGGACAGAAGGAAAGCGGCCACACUGAGGGAGAGGCGACGGCUCAGAAAGGUGAAUGAAGCGUUUGAAGUGUUGAAACGGAGAACGAGCUCGAACCCUAGCCAGCGUCUGCCCAAGGUGGAAAUCCUGCGGAAUGCCAUCGACUACAUCGAAUCCUUAGAGGACAUCCUGCAUGCGGACUCCGGGACCUACAAGCUGGCAGAGUCCAAGCAACACACUGCACCUAACGAAUACAUUGGCACCGGAACGUCAGUUCAUUAUUUGGCCGAAAGAUUGCAACAUUUUACAGAUUCCAUAGACAGGUUCGCUUCGAAUGGAGGGUACGUGGGAGAUGUGAACCAAGGCCUCUCAACGUCCCCCGGCGAUGCCCCGGGCGGCACCUCCAGCCUUGACUGUCUCAGUCUCAUCGUAGAGAACAUCAGCAAAGCCAACCCCAGCCAACACAACCAGCCACCCCCUUCCACUGUUAUAUAGCAUUAUUUUACCUUUAAGUUGUGUAAGGUUAUACGUUUAAGUAUGAACAUUUAUAUUUUUACCGUUAGACGUUAGUGCAAGUAUAAAUUUAUAUACCCGCUGAAACUUAGCUAAGUUUUAAUUACUCAAAUAAUUAACUAAUUUAAUAAUUUGUUACCUCGAUUGGUUCCUGUUUUAAUUUGUCAAAUUUAACAGUUUAUAUAUUGUUUAUUUGCUACAUUAAAAAUACAUUUAUUUUCGAAUGUACUGAUUUGUUGAUAUACUUACUGUUUGUAAAAAUUAUGCAUCUUUAUUUACCAAAGAAAUAUUUUUCAAACAUUUCCUGAUAUUGUGUCGACCAUACAAUAGGGUAUCCAAAGCGAUCGAUGCAGUAAAUUUAAUUAUGUAAUAGUCUGUGAAGAGGUGUUAAAAUCUGUUGUCUAUUGAACCCUUAUAGUUAUGCGUUAUCUAGCAGCAAACAUAAAAAAAUAUUAACAAUAAAUACAUUAGAGCACAGUAUUAAACACGCCAUUUUCGAUAAAUCUGACAAAAAUAAAAAUAUCCAAUAUUUAAAAUUUAAUUCGUAAAAAUAAGCACAUUAUUAAGUACAUUUAAAUAGAUUACAGCUCUAAACAAAGAAUUAAGCAUGCUAUGCUUUUUACAACUCACAAUCAGAAGUAUUCUAUAGAUCUGCACACAAUCUUCAUUAUUUAUGGGUUCAAGAUAUGUUUUCUCGCAAAGUCAAAAUAAAUACUUAACCAUAAUUUGACAAUACACACGGGUUCCAUAGCUGUUUGAGUGCCGAACCUUUAAUAAUGACGUAAGAAAAUAUUUUCAAUUGCAGGUUUAGAAUAUCCCGCGUAAUCAUAGAAAAUCGCGUUUUGUACCAUUAACGAAAGAUGCGUAAGGUACUAUUUAUAAAUAAUUGUAUGAGAUUAGUAAUUAAUUGUUAAUGUUACCAUAACAGAUUUUCUGUAUGUUACCAUAACAAUGUAUAAAAUUGUAAAGCCUAAAAAUAUGAUUUUAUAACAAUUUUGUGAUGUUCAGUUAUUGUAAAAUAUUUAACUUACUUAAAACUACAGGAAGUUAAACGAUAUGUAUUAUAUUUUUUAUACAGUUUUAGAAACUUUUAAAUAUAUAAAUCCAUGAACCAACAUCAUCCCACGAUCAAUCAUGAUAUACCAUUUAUAUUUAUUUGUAUUUUAUGUUCUUAUGUUAAAACUUGUACAGUAGUUAAUGUAUUAAUUAAUGUAUGUAGAGUAUAUUUCUGUACAGCCACUGUAAAUAUUGUUAAUGUGUAUAGACCUGUUUGGAAAUUGUACUGUUUCAUAAACUGUGAAUAUUAUAUUUGACCUAAAUGCUACAUUCGGUUAAACCUUUUCAAACGUGUGCCAUGAAAUCAUCCUAGUACUUAGUUAUUAAUAGUGUAUGAUAAAUAAAUAGAUAUUGUGUACAUGAA